AUCAAAUCAUUUCUUGACUUCAAUCAGAGCAAUUAGUAGUAGCUUGAAAAAAAAAAUAAAAAUGAAGUUCUUAGUUCUUUUCAUUGCAUCAGUGAUGAGUGCUAGUGCAGCACCAGUAACAUUGAUUCAUACACCUCUUGCAUAUAGUGCUGUGUAUCAGCCAGUCCCAGCAAUUCAACAAUGGCACGCUCAAUCAGGUCUAGGAGAUUAUUCAUAUGGCUAUCAAGGUGGUCCAAGUGCAAAAUCUGAAAUUAAGACCCUUGAUGGAAUUACACAAGGAUCAUAUUCAUAUGUUGAUGCCGAAAGCAAAUUACAAACUGUAAACUAUGUUGCUGAUGCUCUUGGAUUCCGUGUUGCAGCCACUAAUUUACCAACACCACCUGUUGAUAAUGCAAAAGCUCCAGAACAAGUUGAAGAUACACCUGAAGUAAAAGCUGCUAAAAUUGAACAUUUGGAAGCUUUAAGAAAGGCUGAAAAUAGUGAAACAACUGAAGAAGAAUCAGCUCCAUUGAAAGCACCAGAACCUGUUGAAGACACCGAGGAAGUUAAAGUAGCAAGAGCUGAACAUCUUAAAGCAGUAGAAGUAGCAAAGACACGUUCAUCAUCUGACGAAACUGAAACAGUUGUUGCUCCAAGUACAAUUGCCAUUCAUUCUCCAUACAUUGCUGCUCCACAUGCCGUCCACAUCUCACCAUACUCAGCUCCAGUUGUUCUUAAGACACAACAAAUUUCACCAUUUGCCUACUCAGUCUAUGGAGCUGGAAUUCCUCAUCUCAUUACUGCCUAAAAAAAGAGUUUAAUUGUCAGCCCGGAAACAUGAAAUUGCCACGUAAUUUUAAAUUGUAUAUUGAAGCCAUCGAACUUUUUCCAGAUCAU